AUGAAACUUCAGAAGAAUGAGAACCCCACUCUGAUGCAAAGCCACUAUGAGGGAUGGUGGACCCACCGGCAUUUUCUUGACCUGGCAUUGGUUGUGGACCGUGAGCGAAUUCGUUAUCAUAACAAUAAUACAUCACGUGUGUUAGAGGAAGUAUUCCUCAUUAUCAGUUUAAUAAAUGAGAUUUAUUUUGCACUGGAUGUUGAGGUAGUUUUAAUUGGACUUGAGAUGUGGAAUGAAGGAAAUCUUGUGCCAGUGGAUAGAAUGGAAAUUCUUCUAGAAGAAUUUUGUGUUUGGAAGACUCUCAGCCUUAAUAGUCGUGUUCCGAAUGACAUUGCACAUCUUUUUGUGAAUCAUUAUUUUGGUAUUUACCUUGGAUUAGCCUAUAUUGGAACUGUCUGUGUGCCAUCUCAUAAUUGUGGAGUUGAUCGUCUGUUAGGACCUAAUGUUAUUUUUUUUGGACAUAUUAUAGCACAUGAGAUGGGUCAUAAUUUGGGUAUGAAGCAUGAUAGCAGCUCAUGUACAUGUGGAAGAAAUUAUUGCUUAAUGUCUUCAACAUACAGUGACAACCCCGAGUUCAGUAACUGUAGUUAUUCUGCCUUCUGGAUAACGUAUGCUACUACCAAUUGUUUGCGCAAGGAAAAGAAGUCAGUAGGCAACCUACAACUCCAGUUCUGUGGGAAUGGAGUGGUUGACGAUGGAGAGCAGUGUGAUUGUGGAGACAGGAAUAUGUGUGAAAGAGAUCCAUGUUGUAACUCCAGGUGUACCCUUAAUGAUGGCGCUGCCUGUGCUUUUGGGCUUUGCUGCUUAUAUUGUCAGAUCAUGCCAGCAGGCACAGUUUGCAGAGAAAAGGUCAAUGAAUGUGACCUUCCAGAAUGGUGCAACGGACAUUCACAUAAGUGUCCUAAUGACGUUUAUUUGCUUGAUGGGAGUCCCUGUAGAGAUGGUGGCUACUGCUAUGAGAAGAGAUGUAAUAACCGAGAUGAACAGUGUAAGCAAAUCUUCGGCAAAGAAGCCAGGAGUGCAGAUCACAGUUGCUACAGAGAACUCAACACCCAAGGUGACCGUUUUGGCAACUGUGGUAUGAUCAGAGGUGCAUACUUAAGAUGUCAUGACUCAGACAUCCUCUGUGGCAGAGUUCAGUGUGAGAAUGUAACAGGCAUUCCAUUUUUGAGGGAGCAUUCCACUAUACACUGGACUCACCUCAAUGGUGUCACCUGUUGGGGGACUGAUUACCAUUUUGGGAUGACAAUCCCUGACAUUGGUAUUGUGAAAGAUGGCACAGACUGUGGUCCAGAGCAUGUGUGUAUUAAUAAGAAGUGUGUCAGUAAGUCAAUUUGGCUAGAACAGUGUUCACCUAAGACAUGUACUAUGAAAGGUGUGUGCAACAAUUUACACCACUGCCACUGCAACCGUGGGUGGGACCCACCACAUUGCCUGGAAAGUGGCUUUGGAGGGAGUGUUGACAGUGGUCCUCCACCUGGGGAAGUAGAAUCCCAGCCACAUAUGGACCUGGUAUCGAUUAUUUCAAUUCUUUCCAUUGUUUCCUUAUUCUUUCUGUUACCUUUGCUUUUGAAUAUGUAUAUAAGAGCACCAUCAAAGACUGAGGAACCCAUUGUUUCCACUUCUGAGGAGGUAGAAGAGAGCAAUGUGGCAAGUAAUGAGUCAGAAGAGCAACAGGUUGAAAUGUGA